AUGCGUUCCAUCCUCGCAUUGGCGGCCCUCGCCGCCGUCGACUUUGUCGCCGGAAGCGCCUGCAAGCCCAAGUCCAGCACCACGAUCCCCUCGCUCGUAUCAUCCUCUUCCGAUGCUACCAGCUCGUCCACCGCUACAACUGUCGUUACCCUCCCCAAAGUCCACAACUUGGCCACCAAUGGAAAUAUGGCCGAGAUUGAUCCAAAUAACCCUCUCUCAGUUCCUGACUGGGAGGUUGAAGGCGAUGCUCGUAUCGUUGGAGGUGCUGGACGUGAAGAGCCAGGAAGUACUGAACGGGGUUGCGCUGCGAUGAGUGCUUCCAAUACUGGCGAUGGAAAGCGUGCUUUAGGCAUUUCUGUUAGUAUAUCGCAGAGCAUGUCCAACCUCGAUCUCUCGACGCCUUACACCAUUCGCUUUUACUACCUUGUCGUUACUUCGCCUGCGGCCAUCAACCUGUGCCAAUUGACCGGCUUCCUCGGCGGUUCUGUCUUCUAUCAGAACUGGGUUUUCAGUACCGGCACAGCCGUAUCUUGGAACGAGGUUCUCCAGGCUGUUACGCCAUCGCAGGUCAAUGCUCCUCUCCGCAUCGCCAUGAACUGUCUUAUCGGUGGUGGAGCGACUGUGCUUGUCGACUCCGUCUUCAUCUCCAACGCUGUCACGCCACAGAACAUCAACGACUUUGUUGUCAACUUCGGUAACACCGGUACUGGCGCCAAUCCUCCUCUUGAUCCCCCUGUGGUCGGUCCUCAGACAACCAGCAGCUCUUCGAAGCAGGAGAUUACAUCAACUACUCAACAAUUAGAGACUACAUCUGUCCCCAAAGAUCAAGAAACCACUUCUGUUUCCCAAGAGAAAGAAACGACAUCUUCUUCUCAGAAGGUAGAAACUACAUCUGCUACUCAAAAGCAAGAGACUACGUCGGCUACCCAAGUGCCAGAUACUACAUCUUUCUCGCAGAACCAGGGGACCACUUCCGUUGCCCAACAGCAAAGGACUACAUCCGCCUCUCAGAAGCCAGAAACCAGCUCUUUGACUCAAAAGCAGGAGACUACAUCAGCCCCCCAAGAUCCGGAUACUACGUCUGCCGCCCCUGUGCAGCAUACUGAGACGGGAACCACUGGUCAAGAGAACCAGGUAACAUCAACCCAAGCGGCUUUACAACAGACCUCAACUGGUAACUCCGAUGUCGAGACUACCAGCAAGCCUGUCUCUCAAGUCCAGUCCUCAACUGUACCAGCCGUAGGUACGACGAGCACCGCACCUGAGCAGCCGUUCUGCUCCAAGGCUCUCAACGGCGGCUGCUGGUGGAAGCGUCCCGACAACGGCAAUGACAUGGUCAAUUGCGCCAGCCGAGGCUCUUGGCCUGGCUCCACUGGACAAGGCCAUGUUGUUCCCCGUCCUGAUAACUACCCUCUUCCUUUGAUUCAGCUUUGGUGCUUGGGCUGGUGCUCCCUCUCACCAGGUUGCAAAUCCGUUGCGUUCAUUCCCGAGGAUAGGUCAUGUCGCUUCUCAGAACAUCAAGUUCAGGAUGCUGACUUCGUUCCUGGUCCUGAUCCUAACGUAGACACUGAGGGAGUGUUUUACUGGCACGAUCUUUCGUGCUUCAACUGUCCCUGUAACGAUGAGCCUUCUACUACAUCUGCCGCAUCAAGCACUCAGUCUGCUGAACCUACCGACCUUGUCAAACUGCCCGCUGCGUCAACCUGCCCCAAAUCCCUCGAGAAUGGAUGUACAUGGAACGAGAGGUCCCAGGGCGGCAGUCUCACCACUUGCCAAUAUCGCGGUCGUUGGCCUGGAAGUGAUGGUGCUGGCUUUGCUGUUGAGCAACCCCGUGACUAUCCUACGGCCUGGAGUCAGAUGUGGUGUGUUGCCUGGUGUUCUCUCUACCCUGGUUGCAAGUCCGCAGCCUGGAUGCCGAAUGACCGAUCGUGUCGUUUCUCCACUCAUUCACUCUCUGAUGCUGACUUUGAAAUGGCUGCUGAUCCCAACUCCGAUUCCGUCGCUGAUGGCAUCUAUUAUUGGCAUAGCCUCGACUGUAUGACCUGCCCUUGCCACGACGAUCCUACGACCUCUUUACUUCCUGCAGAAUCCACCACGCUCGUCCGCGCCGUGACACCUAAGCCCAACACCCCAACAGCCGUCACAGCCACUAGCAAAGCUAUCACAGGAACCCCAACACCUGGUCCAGUAGAGCAGCCCUGUGAUUGGGAGAACGGCCAGGGUAUUUGCUAUAGACCCUUCGAGAAGGAGCAAGGGCCCUGUGGUGGAACACUCAUGAUCGUCAACCCAUCGCAGUACACAAAGCUGCCACUUAACUGGAAGCCCCAAAUCACAGAGCCUGUUCAGUGUGCGAUCAUGUGCCAUACCAACCCCGAUUGUUACGCAUGGGGCUUUGAGUGGAGCAGCAACAUGAACUGUGUUCUUUCUCUUGGACAGACGGAAGUUGAUCAACUUGAGGUUGUUUCUUCAGGAGCUCAGUAUCGCUGGUACUCUCAUACAUGCUGGGAGUGCAGAGACUGUGUUACUAGGUGGAACUGGUCUUGGGAUUCUUUGCCUGCUGGGAACUAA